AUGACUAGAAGAUUCUCGCUCGCGAUAGAAGACUUGAAGAGCGUGGGGGAAGAGAGAGGUAGAGGUGGUGCAUGUUCCCAAAAUCAUAUUGGAAGUGGAACCCAACCUUUGAGUGGCUUUUUGAUAUCAAAUGAACCAAGUAAGCCUUGCCCUCCGGUACGUUCCUCAUCGCUCUCUGAGCUCGAUAAUGCUCACAAUAGCACUCACAGAAGGUUUUCAGUGUGCGAUUUGAAUACUAUAGAAAGAGCAACACAGAAUUAUGUACCAAGAUCGCACGGAUCUUCGCCCUACGGAAAGACGCAGGAAGACUAUUUCCAACCACAAGGAGAAGAAGUUCGCGAUGACCAGGAAGACGACAAAUGGGCGUCAAUGGACUCAUACAAGAAGUCAAAACUUAACUCAGGCUGUGGAAAGAACCAUCACCGGAGAAACUCAACCGCCAUAAAAUUUGAGUGUCCAAGAGCUUACCCGAUGGUAAAUUCCAAUCAUUCCAAUAACUCUAUCAACUCUGCAUCUUCUCGUACAUCAGUCCCCCAGCCUACUUUAUAUAACUAG